AUGGAAAAUAUAAACAAUAUUUUACUCGAAAGAGAUAAAGAAAUUGUCCGUAGGAUAAAUCAAGUGUUGGUCGAUCGUGAUAAUGCUAUUACUACCCAUUUUAAGCAGGAGAUCGAUGCAGUAAAAACCACUAUUGAACCGUUAAAAAACAUUCCAGUUCAGGCCAAUAGUCUUGAAACUGAAGUAGAUAGACUAGAGAACCAAUUCAAAGCCUUGGCUACCGCUGUGGAAACAAUGCAGGAGGACAUUCCCUCGGAAGUCCGAACAGAAGUAGCCAGGGUGCUGAGCUCUGAAAAUCAAAACUUUGAAAAUCUGACAGUAUGCAGUAAUGACAACACUGGUACUGACAGGCAAAAGAUCGCAGAUAAUCUGACGGCGAAUAUUAAUGCACCACAAGGAAGACCAAAUUUUGACACCGAUUUGAAAGAAUUUCUGUCUGUAAUUGAUUCUCUGGAUCUAGUGCAAGAAGACGCCAGAAAAAAUUCUGACGUGAUCAACAAUAAUAAUAGUCCUAAUAGAAAAAAUUCAUGGAAUGGAAAUAAUGGAAAUAGGGGCGAAGGUAGUCCAAAGAAAAAAAUAAAGCUUAUAGCCGAAGAACACCAACAACCGAAUGGUAAUCAGAGGCCGUACCACAAUGAAAACCCAAACAAUAACAAUAGCAACCGAAAGAGACGAAAUGACAACAGGUCAGACAGUCCAUAUAAAGACAAGCCUAAAAACAUGCGGGGUGACAGUGAAUAUUGGCGACAGCCAGGGCCAAGUCAUUGGCAGCCGCAGCAAAAUUCUAUCAAUUCAGGUCAGCCAAUAAAUUAUGUACAGGCUAUACCUAUACCAAGCAAUCAAUAUCCACCGUGGUGGGGUCCAAGCAGGCCUCCUCCGACUGAAAACUCACAAAAUGUUAGAAUAGUGGAGGUACCUUCGGAAACAAAACAAAACACUCAGAAGCCAACAAACUGA